AUGGAGCCAGCACCUACUAAGCCAGCACCUACUGAGCCAGCACCUACUGAGCCAGCACCUACUGAGCCAGCACCUACUGAGCCAGCACCUACUGAGCCAGCACCUACUGAGCCAGCACCUACUGAGCCAGCACCUACUGAGCCAGCACCUACUGAGCCAGCGCCUACUGAGCCAGCGCCUACUGAGCCAGCGCCUACUGAGCCAGCACCUACUGAGCCAGCACCUACUGAGCCAGCACCUACUGAGCCAGCACCUACUGAGCCAGCACCUACUGAGCCAGCAGAGGACGAGAAGGUUAAAAAGAAACGCAGAAAGCGCCGGAUGGCUUACACACCAACAAAAAAAAUGAAGGGAGUAGGAUACUUCCAUCAUUUUCCGAAAAACUUUUUGAAGCCUUAUAGACGUGCAGAACCACACCCUUCACAUAAUGUGGCACUUUCCAGAUUGAGACCAGAGGGCUGUGAAUGGCUUCGCCAGCCGCAUGUUGCCACUUCGGAACUCUCAUCAACGGUUAAUGACAAUAUGCCAGUGUUGAUGCAAGAUGACCAGUUGCUUGAUGCUGAGAAAAUACAAAAACUUACAAGAAAUCUUGAGCCGUUGGCAUUGCUCCUGCAGCAGCCCCAAAUGACACCCAGGGUCGUAACCUCCUCCUUCAAAUCCUAA